AUGGCGGCAUCUCGAGCGAAAUGCAGCAUGGUGAGAGUGGAGUGCUGUGAGGCGACGAGGGCCGUGCGCCGCUACAUGCCCAUGUCGACUGAAACCUCACCUUGUCAGCCUCCUGGCACGAUGGUGCUUGGCUGCUUGAGGCGCGCCCAGCGAGGGGAGCGCUCUCGCUCACUCUCUCGCGUCGCAGCCUCUUACAAGCAGUACUUAAACUUCUUUCCAGAACAAAACGUGUUUUCAGCGUCCUUACCGCGUUUGCGCGACAGUGUUCCGAUGUUCGCCGCUCGCGUCGCUGCAGUGCUUCCCAACAACUUGUCAGCACUUGAACUAUCGUUGGCAAUAGGGAAACUGUCCAGCAGCGACGCGGGCGUCGCCAGAACCUGCGCCGUCUCGCGAGGGCUUUCCUCACUGUCCUUGACAUGCGACUUGACGUCGUGGUCGAAGUCGUGGUCAUACGGUGACCUGCCUUGGCUACUACCACACUCUGGGGACGUCACGCACGCGGCGGAGUCCAUUGGGGACGAUACCAUGGGCGACGAGUGCUCUUGCUCCGCGACGUCCAGCUCUACGAAUGACGCGGGGCUCUCGACCGCCUUGGGCGGGUGGAACAUAUAA